AUGAUCCGGUUACUAGCUACAAUAAGUGCUGUGCUCACAGGAUCAUCCGUGGUCUACUUCUAUGUCUUCCACCAGAGACUAUCAUCGCGGAUCGAGCACACCUCGCGACAAGGAAAGCUGGCUUCCUCAAAGGCAAAGCCGAUGAUAAUUAAAUCUAUUCCCGAGUCAACUUUUACGGAUCAGCAUUUCGCGCUUCAUGAUUGCGCUUCGAAAUCAGUACCUCGCAGCUCACUUCCAGCGAGUAUAUCAACAGAAAUUCUCUUCACUAAACUUGUUCGCCGCAAUAUGACGAUUUUUACACAUUUCCCCCAGGCUUUGAUGAUCCGACUCAUCUCCAGGACUUUAGAGGAAAAGAAAAGCUUCAAAGCAUCCCAUAUUGCGACCCUUGAUUUCCACGAAGGCGAUCUAGUUUGUGGGCUCUACCGUGUUGUUUCGCGCAGCAGCAACAAAGUUGAAUUUGAAAUCAAGAUGAAGAAUAUGGAGUUUAUCAAUGGAAGACUGGCUAUUGGAUUUGAAGAGAAGGGGGACGAGGUGGUCUUUUGCACUGAGACAAUGAUGUGGAGGUGUGCGGAUGAGAAACAGGCUAUGCCACUGGAGAAGCCAGUACUUCACUGGAUGCAUGAAACCGCAGCCUGGUGGUUGAUCGACUCCGGGAUUAGAUAUUUGACAGAAGUGGAGUCAUAG